AUGACGGACGAAGAAAGAAGCGGCGAACCCGUACUAAAGUCACAUCGCUGGGAAACAGCAGCUGGCGCCCCGGCAUCGUUGCCGACAUCAUCACGCUGGGGAGCUGGGACACCGCGUCAGUUGGGUGGUGACACACCGAAGGUAAUCGUGAACGCUGAGCUCUCGGCGUGGCGUGGCCACUCAACACCGACGCCAAGUGCCUACAUGGUAGAUUCCGUCAAGACACCGACGAUGCGGGGACAGGGCGGACAGACACCUACGUUUGGUGCUGGGGGCACCACGCCCAUGCUUGGAGGGACGACACCGAUGUUUGGAGGCACAACACCGAUGUUUGGAGGGACGACACCGAUGUUUGGAGGCACAACACCGGCGGCGGGAAUGGCAUUUGGAGUCACCCCAAACCAUCAGUUUGAGGGAACCACGCCUGUGCAGUCACGCUUUGCCGGAGGGGACUCACAAUCGGCCAUCACAGCCAACAUUGAGGCGCAGGCCAGGAAGCUGGAGGUGCAGUGGCGGAUGAAAAACAAACGACUGACGGAGGAGUACCUCGACACUAUUCUCCCGCCCGAGUUCAAACUUGUAGAAGCACCCGCUGACUACAAUCCACCACCUCCUGAGGAGCCAAAUUUUUACGAGCUUGCCAGCAAGUCGUUGGAUGUGUUUGUGGUGAAUCAAAGUAACGAUGCAGCGGCAGCCGUCACAUAUGACAUUCCGGAGAGUCUUGGAGAAGGGAUGCCGCAAAUGAAACCGCAAGAUGCACCGGUGUUCGAGAUGCUUCUUAAGUACCACAAUGUGAAUCCCAUUCCAGAUGAAGUUCUGCCUUCUUAUCUGCUCAUGAAGAACCUCUUCAGGAUCAAGAACGGUGAUACAAAUCAACGACGUAUUGCCAUGCGAUUCUUACUAGACAAGGCCCGUAUCUUUGGUAGUGAGCCACUUUUUCAAUUUACCUUUCAUGUUUGGCGAUCGGGAAUUCUCGACUUGCAGGAGCAACACCAUUUUGUGGAUUUUGUAAAAGGAGUGAUUGCGAGGCUGCAGAAGGAGGUGCGGAGUUCCACAAAGGAGAUUGUGCACAUGAUGGAGGUUCUUCUCUCAGCCCAGGAGGCCGCUGUGCGAGAGGAUGGUAAGGAUGUCCUUGCGCUUCUCACCCGUGUGGUUGGGUACGAGGCCGUGUUUGAGGCGAUCAAGGAGGACUUUGCACAUGUCGAGAACGGUGUGCGUCGUCACACGGCGAAGGUGGUUGCCAUUGUGGGAUACGCUGUGGGUCCGGCAACUGCGCUGCAGAUUAUUCACGGCAUGUCACUUUCCCCUGUCGCUUUGGCGAGACAAACAUCUGCACGUGCCAUUACAGAAUUGGCUUCCAUCCUUAUGCAUGCCAUCACCGCUGAACUCGUGGAACUGGUGCCCAUAUUUGAGAAGUUACUGCGUGAUGAGCCACGUGUGAAGCGUGAGGCCGCUAACGCGCUUGCACAUGUUGCGGAUGCGACAUGUCCGUACGGCAUCGAGGAGUUAACGCCGUUGGUGCAUAUUGUAAGAGAGGAAUGUAAACGUGGCAUCGGCACUACCGCAGGGCCUUUUGUUCGUGCCUUUGGUUCACUUGUUCCGCUCAUGGCGCCGUACGAUGCACAGAAGUAUACGUCCGACAUGAUGCCGACGCUUGUGAAUCAAUUUAACACUCCAGAGGAUGAGCAUCGGCGUGUGUUGUUGCAGGUUGUACGGCAGUGUGUUUCUGCGGAUGGUGUUACCGCAAACUUUAUUCGGGAUGUCAUUUUAAAGCCUUUUUUUGAUGGCUUUUGGUCCGUGCGUCGUGUUGCUGCGGAGCGCAAGACGGCGGGUGCCCUCGUUGAGACAACUGUGGCGAUUUCAAGGAAACUUGGGAGCACGGAGAUAUUACAGUACCUUGUGCAGGACAUGAAGGAUGAGAAUGAGCACUUUCAACGCAUGGUCAUUGACACCGUGCGGCGUGUGGUCCGUGCCGUUGGGACGGUUGGUGUUCCCGAUACUCUUGUUGCCCUUCUGCUCGAUGGCGCCAUUGCCGCAGUGAAGCAGGACGAAAGCGGACUGAAUCGUGUGGUGCUGGAGGGGCUGGCCUCCAUCUGCAACUCACUCGGGACACGAUUGAAGCGGUACUUGCGGCAGGUAUUUGAUCUUAUAAAGAGCCGUCGUGAUAUGCCCGGAAUGAUCCGUAUGCAGGCAGCAGAGCUGGCAGCUCGCAUUGCACACACCGUGAAGGAGGCCGAGGGCGUGCUUUUCCUGCAGGAUCUUGGGCGAAGCCUUUUUGACCGCCUUGAAGACGACGAGGUUGCCGUGAUGAGUGCAAACAUUAAGGCCACACGUGCCAUUUUAGUGGAGCUUACUGCAGCAAAGUACCAGCCUUCUGUGCGAGAGCUGCUAAAGAAAUUGACGUACAUAAUUCGCAACCGUAACAGUAACGUGCAGCUGAACACAAUUUUACUCAUUGAGGAGAUUGCGACAAACUGUGAUGAGGACGUGGAUGCCAUUCAGCUACAAGAUUUAGCCACAAAAGGAUUGUUUGAGCUUCUUGACGCUGAUCGCCGUGAAACGCGUCGUGCGUGUACCCGUACAUUUGGCAUUAUUGCCCAGAAGAUUCGUCCUUUUGCCAUCAUUCUCGAACUUGUCGAUAAUUUCAAACAGGACAAACGUAAGAUCCGUAUCUGCACCGCUGUGGCGUUGGGGGCUAUUGCCCGUGAGUGCGGCCCCUUCACCGUGAUCCCGUACAUCCUGAACGAGUACAAGAUCAGCGAGGGAGAGCAGGUGGCGACGAUUGUGCAACACGCCGUCCUGAAGGCGAUUCGGUACAUCUUUGAGGCGAUUGGGGCGGUAGGGAAGGAGUACGUGUACCCGCUCAUACCACUCCUCGUGCGGGCCCUCACAGAGACGGAGAUUCAGCACCGUCGCAUGGCGGUGGAGGCGUGUCGGGCAAUGACGCUGGCUGUGGCCGGCAACGACGGGUUCGAGGAGGUGAUCGUCCACUUCCUCAAUUUUAUCCACCCCAACAUUGUGGAGCUUCUUUCACGGAAUGAGACAAAAAUCAGCGAAGAACGGCUUAAGAUGGUCACUGCUGUUGUAAGUUUCUACGAGGCCGCCCGCCUUGUGAUUGGGCCAGCCAGACUGCUACAGUAUCUCCUGCAGGGCCUGUUUCAUCCAGCGAAAAAGGUGCGGGACAUAUACAGGAGGACAUACAACAUGAUCUACAUUGUAAGUCCAGAGGCCCUCGUGCCGUGUUAUCCCAGACUGGAGGAUGAUGAAGAGCACACGUACGCCCGUCAUGAACUGGAGGUGAUUCUGUAG